CAGUAUUACAGGGUACUGGGCAGGGUGGGGCCUAGCGACGUCGCGAGAGGCGGUAUUGGGAAAAAAGGAGGAGCCGCAGGAAGAGAGGAAGAAGGGCUCAGAGGGAGGAGGAUCGAUACGAGAAACAUUGAUGAGAUGUCUAUAUCGUCUCCUUGUCUAAGGCUGCCAAGGCUUAUCGUGCUCUUGUUGAUUGCACUGGCACGCUGGGCUGAGGCACUAAUAUGUCAUUGCGAACAGUGUGCAAACCGUACCUGUAUGACCGAUGGAUUGUGCUUAGUUAAUGUCCUAAUUCAAGAUGGCAAAGUAACCCACAACAGCUUAUGCAUUGCUGACUCUGAGCGUGUACCUCGAGACAGACCAUUUAUGUGUUUUUCUACUUCUACAAAUGGAAUAUACCAUAAUGUUGAGUGCUGUCAAACGGACUUCUGCAAUAAGAAAUUACCAGCUCCCUCAACUUCACCAUCACCUAGGCCUCCUACAAACUUAGGGCCUGUGGAGCUGGCAGCUGUUAUUGCUGGCCCAGUUUGCCUUGUUUGCAUCCUGCUGAUGUUGGUCCUUUACAUAUGCCAUAACCGCACAGUCAUUCAUCAUCGAGUUCCUAAUGAUGAAGAUCCUUCAUUAGAUCGGCCUUUUAUAUCUGAGGGCACAACACUAAAAGAUCUCAUUUAUGAUAUGACAACUUCAGGUUCUGGUUCAGGUCUGCCUUUACUUGUGCAGAGAACAAUUGCAAGAACAAUUGUUUUGCAAGAAAGCAUUGGAAAAGGUCGAUUUGGUGAAGUAUGGCGUGGAAAGUGGAGGGGAGAGGAAGUGGCAGUGAAAAUUUUCUCCUCAAGGGAAGAGCGUUCCUGGUUCCGUGAGGCAGAAAUAUAUCAGACAGUUAUGUUGCGCCAUGAGAACAUACUUGGCUUCAUUGCAGCAGACAACAAAGAUAAUGGCACAUGGACUCAGCUAUGGUUGGUUUCUGAUUACCAUGAACAUGGAUCACUAUUUGAUUACCUAAAUCGUUAUACAGUGACUGUAGAAGGAAUGUUGAAGCUUUCUUUAUCCACUGCUAGUGGUUUAGCUCAUCUUCAUAUGGAGAUAGUUGGAACACAAGGGAAACCAGCUAUUGCCCACCGAGAUUUGAAGUCCAAAAAUAUACUGGUUAAGAAAAAUGGAACUUGCUGUAUUGCUGACCUGGGUCUGGCUGUCAGGCAUGAUUCUGCUACAGAUACAAUAGAUAUUGCACCAAAUCACAGAGUUGGGACAAAAAGAUAUAUGGCACCAGAGGUUUUGGAUGACUCUAUUAAUAUGAAACAUUUUGAAUCGUUUAAGCGUGCUGAUAUCUAUGCAAUGGGCCUGGUUUUCUGGGAAAUUGCGCGACGAUGUUCUAUAGGUGGAAUCCAUGAAGAUUAUCAGUUACCUUAUUAUGACCUUGUACCUUCUGACCCAUCUGUUGAAGAAAUGAAAAAAGUGGUUUGUGAACAGAAAUUGAGACCAAACAUUCCAAACAGGUGGCAGAGCUGUGAAGCACUUCGCGUGAUGGCCAAAAUAAUGCGUGAAUGUUGGUAUGCCAAUGGAGCAGCACGUCUAACUGCUUUACGGAUCAAGAAAACGUUGUCACAACUAAGCCAACAGGAAGGCCUUAAAAUGUAACAAGCCUUUGAACUGAAUUACAUUAGUCCUUUAUUUACCCAAUCCCAAGUUACACUGUUCUACCUCUCCAAGUGAACUGCCUUUCUGAAACAUCAUAGGAACCUCAAGGAUACGUUCUCGGCCAUGUUGUGCAUAUAAUAUACAAAAUACUUUUGUAUUGGGUUCAACAACUUCCCAGGAUAUUUUGUAGAUUUUUUUUUUAUAUAGGUGUCUCUGUUAAUAGAAUGCCACCAAUGAAAAUAUGCAGGCCUUUUUUUGUUUUUGUUUUUUUAACCCUUUGUUACUGAUAAAAGCUUUUCUUAAAAGUUUUAUUAGUUUAAUUUCUGAAAUUCUUAAUGUUUCUUGGUCAGUGCUGUCUAAUUAUAUUCAAAGCCUUUGUAAAUACAUUUUGCAGGGGUUGCUGUAAAUAUACAUAUCUUGCAUACAGAAUAAAAAUCCUAUACCACAA